AUGGACGUAGACACCCCUACACCCACAGCUGCUUCAAGCGUAAUCAAAGCUUCUGAUGACAAGAAAGCUAGAUUCGAGGUGAAGAAGUGGAACGCUGUUGCACUUUGGGCAUGGGACAUUGUCGUCGAUAACUGCGCUAUCUGCAGAAAUCACAUCAUGGAUCUCUGUAUUGAAUGUCAAGCCAAUCAAGGAGCGGAUAAUGAAGGGUGUACCGUCGCUUGGGGUAUCUGUAACCACGCAUUCCACUUCCACUGUAUCUCUCGAUGGCUAAAGACCCGUCAUGUGUGUCCUCUUGACAAUCGACAAUGGGAACUUCAAAAGUACGGUCGAUGA